AUGACAGCCGGGACAGUGGUCAUCACCGGGGGCAUCUUGGCGACUGUGAUUCUGCUCUGCAUCAUCGCUGUUCUGUGCUACUGUCGGCUCCAGUAUUAUUGCUGCAAGAAGGACGAGUCGGAGGAGGACGAGGAGGAGCCUGACUUCGCCGUGCACUCGCACCUGCCCCCGCUGCCCUGCGGCCGCAACCUCGUGCUGACCAACGGGCCGGCGGUCUACCCGGCCGCCUCCACCUCCUUCAGCCAGAAGACCCCGCAGGCCCGCGCCCUCUGCCGCAGCUGCUCCCACUACGAGCCACCCGCCUUCUUCCUGCAGGAGCCCGAGGACGAGGGCGUGCGCAACGGCGGGGAGCGCGUGGCCUACCAGAGCAUCGGCCAGGAGGACGCGGAGCUGCCGCCCGGGAGCUUUGGGGGGCUGCAGGCGCUCAACCCCAACCGCCUGUCGGCCAUGCGGGAGGCCUUCUCCCGGAGCCGCAGCAUCAGCACCGACGUCUGA